AAUUAGGGUUUAUUUCAGGGUCGGCUGUCGCUGUGAGAAGACCUCUUGUCUACUCUAUUUCACAUUGAUGUGGAUUACUAGCGGAUUAAAACAGAGCAGCCGCGUUUUCAACUACAAAUCAAAAUGCCAUUCGGGUGGAGAAGAAAGGAUCAAAUGCCCUUUGUAAGUGGGACUUGUGUUUCUCCUCCUCUUCGCUCAAAGUAACGGACACGUCUCAUGACGGCGUUGUUGUCAAAAACCGUUUCUAAGAUAAACAUUGACACUCCGGAAAAUAAAUAUAACUGGACGCUGCAGAUUUUUAUUCAAUCACAUCAGCUUCUCGCGUUUAGGACUCUUCGUAAAAUUCAGGAAUUUCGGGGCAGCAAUUUAUAUCCAUGUGACUUAUAAUAAACAUAGUCUGUGCUACAGGAAUUCGAUGGAUAAUUUGUUUUGCACGAUUGAGAUUGUUUUGGUGCAAUGAAGAUGCAACUUAGUGCCAUAACAAGAAAACGAGUUCGUUCUGAAAAACACAUAGCUCAUGGUUUGGUUCCUGCGGCCACAAUAGCUCCCAGAGCUGCUGUUCCCCGCACCCCUCCACCACGUAGCCCAGAGCCUUCUCCAGAGAGACCAAGGUCAGCAUUGGCAGCAGUAAUUUUAACUUCGUGCCUGACUGGUCGUACAGUUGCCAUUCCUCAACGGCAUUUGACAGGACUUCGUCAAAGAUCUUAUUCUGAAAGUGAUGGCACAUUUUCAGAGCAACAAAGCCUUCUUGAACCUUAUGCCACUGUGGCUGAUCUGCAGUUAAGGAAUGAAUGGCAAAGUCCUGUUAGAGGCAGGCCUCAGUUACCACUGCCUUCCGAUUCUGAUGAAGAAUGUAAUGAGGAAGAAGGAGAAGAUGAUGACCAAGAUGUGGAACUGUUGUCCGAUAAAGCAGACCAACCACAUUACUAUGUUCUCGAAAAGGAGGGAGAAGUAUAUAUUAAAGAGCCAGUAUAUGCCAUUCCUCACAAGGCAAACCAGGUGACUGUUUACAUUUUGCAAUGA